AUGAAUUCAUCGAUCUUAUGUUCAUAUAAUUCAAACAGUUGCCACUUCAUUGAUGGUUCUGGACGUUGUCUAUCGAAUGACAAGGUCCUUGAUUUAGUUCUAAAAUAUGUCAAGCCAACCUAUUAUGAAUGGGUAUUUAUUGUAAUCUAUGUGAUUGUUUUCAUUGUGGGUACCAUCGGUAAUAUACUUGUAAUUAUUGUUAUACAACGAAAUCGAAGCAUGAGAACGGUGACAAAUAUGUUUAUAAUGAAUUUAGCCGCAGCUGAUCUUCUAGUACUUCUAUUUUGUUUGCCAGCUACAGUUGUUCAAGAUGUAACUAAAACAUGGUUUUUUGGUUUAUUUCUUUGUAAAUUCGUUAACUAUAUACAGGUAUGCGAUUGUUUUACUUUAUCAUUUAUUAUUCCAGAGUUAGAAACGCAGAAUAAAAAACAAUGCUAUAGUUAA